GCAUGGUUCUUGCAAUUAUGAUAGAGACUUAACCGGACCAGAACAGUACAGCUUGGUAUUUGACGACGUCCUCAUGGCAGGCUCGUUAACUUCUUCACAGCAACACCAGAAUAGUUGUGAGAGUGUGAUCACAACCACUGUAAUGGUGAUGAUGUAAUGGUUGGUGAACCACUAUUUGAUCCCCUACUGACUCCAUUAGGUUGUAAUGUUGCCUGUCUAUUUUUGUUAUGCAGGAUGUCAUUUUCCAGUGGAUAAUGGGUGAUCAAAUUAAUCUGAACCAGAUAGAUGCAGAGGACCCUGAGAUCCCAGAUUACACCAUGCUACCAGACACAGGCUGCCUGUCUGUGCGACUACGAGUAUGCUUGCAAGAGGGAGAGGAAAACCCACGAGACUUUACCUCCCUGUUUGACAUGUCUACUCAAGCUAUCAAACACUUUUCCCCAAGUCAUCAGUUCCUACAAGCAGAUGUCAAACAUGAGCCCCUCCAGCUGAUCACACCUCAGUUUGAGACUCCCCUUCCCCAGCUGGAGCCUGCUGUAGGUUUCCCCUCUCCAGCUCUACACAAUCUCACCCAGCUCCUGUCAAGCUCAGCCGUCUCACAGAUUGAAUGUGGAUUCUGUACACUCGACUGACAAUGGCAUGUGCACUAGACUGUAUUCAACAACACUUUUUGCUAAUUGACUGGGAUUUAUUAAAAUGUGACAAUACACACUUGAUCAUUGUAGAAAAUUAUACAUUUUCCAUCCCUCUAAAAUGUGUGUGCUCUCCUAUGGGUUGCUUUGAGCAGGUCUUUCCGCCUGUCUUCAGGGACCUGCCUCCCCCCAUGCUUGACCUGGAUGAAACCUCAGAUUGUGUUUGGCACAGCUCUCCAACAAAUGUAAGUGUUAACCACAGGUUAUAUUUGAAUCUAGCAUUAACAGAAAGUGUUCUGUAUUCUUCCUGCAAGCACCGACGACAAUCUAGAGUUCUACGUGAGGAAGUGUGGAUACAUCUUGGGGGUGAGAAGCUGGAUAAAGACCAAAGGGAUGCCGAACACAUCUUCCAGGUUGUAGAGUUCAAGAAGCU